ACAACAAAAGUUAUACCAGGAACUACGUGAAGUGCUGUAGUCGAGAAUUUAUCAGAAACAAACAAUCCGAAAAAAGACGACCACGUUGUAAUCAUUGGCGGCGCCAACGAUGUUUACAAACACGAGAGCAAGUCAGCACUCGCAGUUUACAGGAAGUUAUUGCCAAAACUGUACAACACAAUAAACCCCUUGGAUUGUGGUUCACAUGCCGAAGAAAACUACUUGGAAGAUAAUGCAACUAAAUGUGCAGUAUCCGAGGAAUAAACUCAAUUUGCUGCAAGUAUUUGUGGAUGAGAAAUCAACAAACCUAUUAAUAAUUACAGAACAUGCACUAAGAGACAAUGAAAUUGAGUAUUACAAAUUAGAUGAUUGUGUGUUGGCUGAUAGUUACUGCAGAAAACAACAUAGAGGGGGUGGGGUGGCAAUAUUUGUAAAGGAACAUCUUCCAUUUAAGAAAAUCUCAUUUGUUGAACAAUACUGCAAAGAAGAAACAAUUGAAAUGGCUGGUGUUGUGGUCCACACAAACACUCAUUCAAGCGGGUUAUCUAAACAUAAUGUUAUUGGUACAUACUGCCCACCAAAUACAGAUGUAUUGUACUAUCUUGAUACACUUAACAGGGCAAUUAGACAAACAGGCCCCACUGACCUUAGCAUAGUUGGAGACUCAUUAUUGUAAACUCGUGUAGUAUAACCUACUAGAAAAUAACAGGUAAAUUAAACUCUGACACUAGAUUAACAGAGUCGUGCUGCAAUAAGAUAGCUUAUGUGAUAGUCAACAAAAAUGUAAAAGGCAGUGUUAACUUUGAAAGUGUUGGUUUUCAUUACUCAGAUCACUAUAGUCAGGUGUCAGAAUAUUUAAGGUUUGCUGCACCAACAGCAACAAAAAUAACUGAGAAGAAGAAUAUCCUGAAUAGCAGCAACACCAGUGCCUUCAAAACUAAGUUAGCAGAGGAGAAAUGGGACACUAUUUACCAAACUAAAUGGGAAAAAUUUUACAGGACAGUGCUGAAGCAUUUCGACUGCUGCUGCACUCGUAAAGAAAUAACCAGGGUACAAACCAACUCUCAUCUUGAAAAUAAUACAUAAGGCUGAAACUUAAACCUAGGCUGUUUAACUUAAGGCAGAAUAUAUAUGAUCUUGACUAU